CACGCAGCAGCAGCAGCAGCAGCAGCAGCAUCUUCUAAACCCACGGAGGACCCGCACCGAGGAAAGAGAAGUGUUGAAAUCUUAAAUUAAAUCGGUGUCAGAGGGAAAAUCUUAAAGGAAUUUCGACGAGACGCUCCAGAGUGUUGCAGCUGUGUCCAUCGGUCAACACAGGUGACAGUUUCCAGCAAUCACAUCCAAGCAGUUCACCCCGCAGACGCGUCCGGGUUAUUCGGGGUAAUUUCUACGUUACAUCGACCGAAUCAAGACGUUUUUUUAAUUUUAAAUUUUUUUUUAAAUUUUUUUUUUUUUUUUUUUUUGUAAAUAAAUCUCCCCACCACUGAAGACGCACCGGACCGAGAGUCUCUACAUUAAUUAAUUUAUUUCCGUGCAGGAGAAGACGAGGACGGAGCCUAUCUGAGUCUGCUCUGUGAUCGGAUGGGGAAUCAUACUCCAUCCAGCUGUGUGUGCUGUCUAAUGCAGUAGAGCAGCUGGAUUUUUUUUUUAUUUUUAAAUUUUGUUUUGUAGUAUUCCAACCCUACUGUCAUUUUCUCCAGUCAUGAAGUCCCACCUGGAGACCCGCUUGGAUUGAACAGCAAAAACAGUGGGACAUUUAUUUUUUAUUUUAUUUUUAAAAAUUUAUUAUUAUUAUUUUUUUUUAAUUUUGGGGGAGAAUCACUUUUUUUUUUUUCUUGCUUGACAUUUGCUGCUGCAAGAGGACAAGGAGGAGAAGGACGAAAUCUUAGGAACAACAACAACAACAACAACAAAAUAAACACCAUUGGGAAUCUGGCACCCCCCACCCCCCCCCCCCUCCCUCCCCUUGGAUCACAAAUUAACAGAGUAGAGAAACUUCAAUCAAAUUAUGCGGAUGAAAACAGACCGAUAGUGAUGGAACGCAACAGAACCAUGUCUGGGGAAGCACUUUGGAUCGCAUUUGCUGAGAAUCAUCACUGAUCUGGCAACCACGCUGAGGUCCGUCCCCCUUUCCAUCACCCCAGGGACCCUCCUUUCCCCUAGUGGACCACUAACCAACGAUCUCACCUUUUACUCUGCAGUCCUGGUGUUGAUCAAGUCUCCAACCAAGUUCCGUAGUCUUCCAUGGGCUGCUUGCGUUUGUUAUUGUUUUAAUCCCUCUCUUAUAUGUUACCCUCUAGACUAUUGGUUAUAAUCCACAUUCUAUAAAUAGACAAAAGUGGUUGGCUGUGCAACAUGAACCCAACCAUGUACCCUCUGCCACUUGCUCUAAGUAAACACAGUAGGCGGGGUUUGUUGUCAAGGACACGUCCCGUUUCUGUCAUGACAGACUGGUGUGUGAUGGUUGGCCUGGGUCUCACCCUUCUUUUCACCCUGGCUUCAAGCCAGAAGAUGGACCCGUCCAAACACCCCAUAGUGACCACCAACUACGGCAAGCUCCGAGGCAUCAAGAAGGAUUUGAAUAAUGAGAUCCUGGGCCCAGUGGAGCAGUACCUAGGUGUACCAUAUGCUACUGCGCCAAUCGGCGAUCGUCGUUUCCAGCCACCUGAAGCGCCGGGAUCCUGGCAGGAGAUCCGCAACGCGACCCAGUUCGCCCCCGUGUGCCCCCAGAAUGUCCACGGUGUGCUGCCUGAGAUCAUGCUCCCUGUGUGGUUUACAGACAACCUGGACGUGGCGGCAGGUUACAUCCAGAACCAGAGCGAGGACUGCCUCUACCUCAAUGUCUACGUGCCAACAGAGGAUGGUCCGCUCACAAAAAAACAUGAUGAAUCUUCAAUGAACAAGCCUCGAGACGAAGAUAUUCGUGACCGCAGGAAGAAGCCAGUGAUGCUGUUCAUUCACGGAGGCUCCUACAUGGAAGGCACCGGGAACAUGUUUGACGCCAGCGUCCUUGCCGCCUAUGGCAAUGUCAUUGUGGUGACCAUGAACUAUCGCCUUGGCGUGCUUGGUUUCCUCAGUACUGGUGACCAGUCAGCCAAGGGAAACUAUGGCCUGUUGGACCAGAUUCAGGCCCUGCGCUGGCUCAAUGAGAACAUAGGCCACUUCGGCGGAGACCCAGAGAGGAUCACCAUUUUCGGGUCUGGAGCCGGUGCCUCAUGCGUAAACCUCCUCAUCCUCUCCCACCACUCAGAAGGUUUGUUCCAAAGGGCCAUAGCGCAGAGUGGAACGGCCAUCUCUAGCUGGUCCGUCAACUACCAGCCUCUUAAAUACACCAAGAUCCUGGCCAAAAAGGUGGGCUGCACCUACACCGAAACAGCUGAUCUGGUUGACUGCCUAAGGCGCAAAAACUUCAGGGAGCUUGUGGACCAGGAUAUACAACCAGCCCGCUACCAUAUUGCUUUUGGCCCUGUGGUGGAUGGAGACGUGGUCCCCGACGAUCCUGAGAUCCUCAUGCAGCAGGGGGAGUUCCUCAACUAUGACAUCCUAAUAGGAGUGAACCAAGGAGAGGGGCUGAAGUUUGUGGAUGACAGCGAAGACAACGACGGCAUCUCAGCCGCAGCGUUCGACUACACCAUCUCUAACUUUGUCGAUAACCUGUACGGAUACCCUGAGGGUAAAGACAUCCUAAGGGAGACCAUUAAGUUCAUGUACACAGACUGGGCAGACAGGGACAAUGGUGACAUGAGGAGGAAAACCCUGUUAGCUCUGUUCACAGAUCACCAGUGGGUGGCACCUGCUGUCGCCACUGCCAAACUGCAUGCUGAGUUCCAGUCGCCAGUUUACUUUUACACCUUCUAUCAUCACUGCCAGACUGAGACGCGUCCUGAAUGGGCUGAUGCUGCCCAUGGAGAUGAGAUACCAUAUGUGUUUGGUGUGCCCAUGAUUGGUGCCACAGACUUGUUUCCCUGCAACUUUUCUAAGAACGAUGUGAUGCUGAGCGCUGUGGUCAUGACUUACUGGACCAACUUUGCAAAGACGGGGGACCCUAACCUUCCAGUUCCUCAAGAUACCAAGUUCAUUCACACCAAGCCCAACCGUUUUGAAGAGGUCAUCUGGACAAAGUUUAACUCUAAAGACAAGCAGUAUCUCCACAUCGGUUUGAAACCUCGUGUUCGAGAUAACUACAGGGCCAACAAGGUGGCCUUCUGGCUGGAACUGGUCCCCCACCUCCACAGUCUGCAUGAGGAGCUUUUUCCCACCACCACUCGUUCACCUCCAGGUCCUGGUCCUGGUUCCGGCCCCCACAGACCGUGGCCCAGGACGCCAGGUCCACGUACCACUCGUCACCCUUACCCUACCUUCCCAUCUGACCCAGAACCUGAGGGAUCUGAUCGUCCACCCCAGGACCUCUUUCCUGGAGACACCAGGGACUACUCCACAGAGCUUAGUGUGACAGUGGCUGUGGGAGCAUCACUCCUCUUCCUCAACAUCCUCGCCUUUGCAGCCCUUUACUACAAGCGUGACAAGCGUCACGAAAUGCGACGCCACCGGCUGUCUCCUCAGCGGGGUGGUCCUGCCAAUGACCUUGCACACAGCCAGGAGGAGGAGAUUAUGUCUCUGCAGAUGAAGCACUCGGAGCAUGAUGCUCACCAUGACAUGGAGCCCCUCAGACCCCACGACAUUCUGCGGCCUGCCUGUCCACCUGACUACACGCUAGCACUGCGCCGUGCUCCAGACGACGUGCCGUUGAUGACACCUAACACCAUCACCAUGAUCCCCAGUACCAUCACCAGCAUGCAGCCUCUCCAUGCCUUCAACACCUUUCCCUCCACUGGCCACAACAACACCCUGCCCCACCCCCACUCCACCACCAGGGUAUAGUAGGGACUGGCCCAAAUACAGCACCACCUAAGGACCAGGAAACCUGGUUGUACUACAGAUCUAGACUGGGAGAGUUCUGGAUCCAGGCGUCUGUUCUGUUCUCUUUCCCUCUUGUUUCUCGAAAAACAGUUCACCUCCUUCAUAAUACGCUGUCAAACUUAACAGCUCCCUCCACUGGUGGCGUGUGGAGAAGCAACUGAACUGUGAGGCAGCAGAAGACCAUUUAGGGGGGCGAUUUAGAUCUUUAAAAGAUAAUAUUUUCAAAGGUCUACAGUUUUCAGACUGAAGCCCUCUGACAUCUAUUGAAGGGACGAAUGCUUUUUGCCCCUCACUGUUUUCCUUUUUUACUUUGAUGUCAUCUCUUUUCUCUCCUUGGUGUCUUACGUGCAUCAUCCUCUUUCCUACAUCUGUGUCUUAUUCUAGCUCUGUUCUUCUCAUUCAACAUGUGACCCCUUCCCGUUCUCCAGUGCUCCUUUGCUCUAAGGGAUUGUCCUGAGUUGAUACAGGGGGCAUAGAGUACAUUCAGUAAGCAUAUAGCUAUGAAAACAUGGAUAUCUGAUUCUGUCAUUCUACCAGCAUUCUUGGUGCCAAGUGUGUACUAAUUUGCUUUCUCAUCGGGGGAGAAAAAAAACUAAAGAAAAUUCUGAAUUAUUCCUAUUAUUCCAACUAACAGAUGCUGUGUGUUCUCAUGACAAAGUGCCAAACUGGGCCUCGAUUGUGUUUCUUUCUUUCAUCUCCUAUUUCUUUAUUUUUCAAGCAUUUGUUGAACUGUUGUUUUUUGUGGAAAGAAUUUUUGCUGAAAAUAUAGAUAUAGAGAAAUGAUAUUAUAUAUAGUUAUAUAUAAAUGUGUACAAAGAAGAAAGUAUAUAAAUGGGUUUUCUCAGUGGGGAUCUAUGCAUGAAUUAUUUUUAAAGAUGAUGCUGGGGGAAAGGACACUGUAUCUGUCAAUGCACGUUUCCCAAAUCUAAUCAAAUCAUAACAGCCCACUUUGCAUAUUUUUGUCUUCGUUUUACCUCACAGAACCAAAACAUCACAGACAAUGCCGAAGGAGCCCAACAAAUUCUGUUCACCUCCCAAAACCCAUUAAAAACAUUUCCACCAACUGCAAAAGAUUUUAUGGUCAAAGCAACAACUGUGAACAUAAUUCCAGACUCCUACUUUUCUUCAUGAUAGUAUUUAAAAGUUAUUACUCCAACCGGGUGACGCAGCACACCCAAAGAGAGCCAAUCAUCCUAGAAACCGCGACAAAGAAAGGAUAAUUUUUUUUAGAGUUCCUGAGCUACCAAAUUUAUCAUUGCAGCUUGCCUGCACAGAAUUAUUUUUGUAUUACAGUGAGGCUGAGACACAAAGAAAGAUAGGAAGCCUCUGCUCUUUCACACUCACCCUCCUUCUCCUGUCUGCACCCCUGUUUCCUACACAUCCAUAUUCUGUUUGAUGUGUGCCUCCAAGAGAAAGACUGUGUGUGUUUGUGUGUGUGUGUCUAUGUGAUAUCAAACCUGCAUUUAUAUGGGCAUGGGUUGGCCCUAAUUAGACAGCAAAGAGAUAGAGAGGCAGAUAGGCGGGGUUACCCUCAUGGUUAAAACUCUGACUCUGAAAUGAGCUGGAUCCUGCUGCGUACACAAACACCCACUCUUCAUUAACAUCGCAUACACCCUCCUGUCUCUCUGUUACUACACUUGCUUUGAAUUUGAGACUGACGCCCAUAUUACAAUGACCACCCAUCACACCCUCCACUGCCACCAAAUCACCUGAGUUCACUGUGUCAGCGCCAGUCUACACCAUUUCUGACCUCAGUUCAGCUCUGCUAUUAUCCUCACAUUUAAGGGUUAGUUCACUAAGUGGGUGACUUGUUGUGAGCUCAUGUAGUUGUAAAUGAACCUCUAAGCACACUGAGGGUGACCAGCAGGCCUUUAUGGCCAUGCUGCACAGAGCUGAUAGAUGAAAAAAGGGGACUCACAUCUCCUAAACAGGGUAUUAACACAGCUGACAUGAGCUGAUUGUUUCUGCUCGUUCUUUUGCGUAAGAGUGUGCAGGCCUACAGCUCAACAACACCCCCCUCUCGCCAAUUCUUUGAUAAGAUCUCAGAUGUGGAUCCUGGUUAAAGCAGUAUGUACUUUUGUGCUGUUUGAACCCACAGGAACACCUGCUCGCCUACAUCCAGUACGGAGGAAGUUAGUCACCGGUGCUGUCUUUGCUUGUGCUUUAGCUUUAGCCUGUUAGUUUGUUUUCUUUUUUUUUAAUUAUUAUUAUUAUUACUUCCUGAAAGGAUGGUGGGGAAGGGCUAGAAGGGGGGGGGGAUUAACCUGGCUGGAGAUUUUGUACUCCCACUGAAAGGGAAAUGUGCACAAUGUAAAAUAAAAAUCAGCUGUCAUGAGUGUGCCGCAAGUGGAUAAAUGACCUGGGACAGAUGAUGGACAGCAGAACACGCUGUGGAAUCAGGAAGAGAUCGAGCAAAGACUCACAGCCUUAAAUGUAGAAAUCAGAUCAAAUGAUGUGAAAACUGGUCACUAACAAACAAGGACAUUUAAAGGCAUGGCCAUCUUUCUAUCCACAAUGUCUGCCAGGAGUAUACCUUGCCAAUCUGUCCUAUGGAAGAUCUGAUGUUUGAUCAGAUCCAUAUGAACCCUUUUGUACUCACACUUGUGGAUAAGGAGGCAGUGAGGGGCUACAGCUACAAUGACACCACUGGAGGUGAAAACAGCAACAAGGUAUUUAGUUUGCUCUGUUCUUUUUCCUUGUCCAUUUUAUAAGCUAACACUGGAGGGCGCCAUUGUGACAGAGUUACUGCAGUGUGCCCACUCUGUGAAAUCUGGAUGUGUGAAGAAAAAUACCAAACUGGGUGGCAGGAAAGAGACAGACACACACCAUCUGGAAGAGGACGAAAACUGUACAUUUUUAAGUGUAAGAAUCAAACAGACAAAAUAUUUGUAAAUAUUAAGUUUCUUGUUUGUUUUUGUUUUUUCUUUUUUGAGUGAAUGAAUGAAAUGCUUAUUUUGUGACAAAAAAGACAACAGGUGCAGUUUGCAAAAACAUGACCUCCAGCUUGAUGUUUCAGUUACAUUGUUGAGUUCAAAAUGUUCAUGAAGUUAAGAAAUUACUUUUUUCUUUACUUCGAUCUGUUCUCACGUUGCCCAUUUAAGAUGGGCUUACUGUAGCAUCACGAUUCCUAACCAGGAAACAGUCACUGUAGCAGAAUGUGAUUGACAUCGAAGCUCCCACAUGACAAAGGGCACCUGAUGCUGUAGUUUGCAUUUGGUGCCUUCUAAUGGAUAGAACAUCUACAUCCUGAAGAGUAAAAGUGAAGUCAGUGGUUUCAUUGCUUUUUAUUUUUGAGGAUGCAUUAAGGAGAAUGUGACAUUUAGUUUUGUUUUACUUUGUUGCAGCUUUUGGAAACUUACUUUUAGAAUAUGUCUUGGGAUUUCAGUAUACUCGAUGAAUCUUGAAAUGCACGAUCUGUGUGACUUCAAAGUGUUUCUGGAAACAUCAGAGCCUAUAUGAGCAGCGUAAGAUGCUCGCUUUUCAUUUCACUAAUUAACUAGUGAAGAUGAUGAUGAUAAAGUACAGAUUAACAGUCAGGAGACACUAAAAGCAAGUGCAGGCAAAGAAAUGUUAGCUCACUUCACAUGUAGCAGUGUUUACAUGUAGCCACUUAGUCAUAUGUGGGACAGACAUGAGGGCUUUUUGAUACCAUAAGAUGCCUCAUAUCUUUAUACAAUACUGAGAUCACACAGGUGGUCUGACCUUUCCUUCCUCACACUGUGUUGCAUUGUACUUAUGGAGGUUGUGUUGCCCUUAAAAGUAAUGUGAUGUAGCAGAGAAGAUGCUCAGCUAGAAGAUGGGGGAGUUAAGUGCAUCUAAAAAGUCAAGUAAGCUUUCAGAUUUUAGGCUGGGGAUAUGAUGGAACUAACAUAAAAUACAACUUUGCCUUGUCUGUUUUAACCCAGUGAAGCCUCGUGGUUCAUGAAUCUGGGGCUAGAUUUUGGAUGAUCCACAUUUCAGUGCAUCUGAAAAACAGCCUUUUAAGGAAAACAAGAUGACUUUGCUUCAUGCACAUUUAGAAAUGUUCUGUCUGUUUAAUGGUGCGUUGAAGCACAUAGAAAAUGCCCUGCAUUGGCAAACAUACACUCAGACACCCAUUCACAUACACACGACAAACUUUAAGCUCGGUGUCGUUGCAAAGUUGCACCUGUUGUCUUGUUUUUACAUUCUUUGUUGAAUUCAGAAACCCAAGACUUGAGAUGAAGAAAAAUGUUAAACAAAUAAAGUUUUAAAAAAGAUGAUUAUUAAAAAAAAGUCAAGUAAAACUAUAUAAAUAAAUGAGGUGAUGAUAUUUCUGUUUACUUUAGAAGUUAUUAUACACUGUAUGCUGUGAUUCUGAUCUGGGAAACAUUAAAGACAUUCAUAGCCA